AUGCUUCCUCUCCGCACGCAGCACGCGCUGCGAAGAGCCGCGACGCCGUCAUUGCGCAUUUGUUCGACAUGCCUGCGCUGCAAUUCCUCCGUCUCAUCCCCAAACCCUCCGAAGCCCAAGAAACCGAAGCGGAAAAUCAUCUUCUCUGGCAUCCAGCCGACGGGCGUCCCUCACCUCGGAAACUACCUCGGAGCGUUGCGACAAUGGGUCAAGCUGCAGAACGAGCUCCAUAAGCGGCAUGUCCUCUUGUAUUCCAUUGUCGAUCUUCACGCCAUUACCGUGAAGCAGGACCCGAAAGAAUUGGCACAAUGGCGGAAAGAGAUGUUUGCGAGUCUGAUGGCAGUUGGGCUGGAUCCGAAGAGGAGUAUCAUAUUUGCGCAGAGCGACGUGAGCUACCACAGCGAGUUGAUGUGGAUUCUAAGCUGCUAUGCGAGUAUAGGGUACCUAGGGAGAAUGACGCAAUGGAAGAGUAAACUCGCACUUCCCGACAACGCAUCACCAUUCGAUCCCUCGCCGUCGAACAAGGCCGCGCUCAAACUCGGUCUCUUCUCCUACCCCGUCCUCCAAGCGGCCGAUAUCCUCCUCUACCAGACCACGCACGUCCCCGUCGGCGAAGACCAAGCCCAGCACCUCGAAUUCGCGCGCGAGCUCGCCAUAGGCUUCAACCAUGCAAUCGCCACCAACAACAAUAGCAAUUUCCGCCUCCAUCCUCCGGAAACAAUCCUGUCGCCGGCCAAGCGCGUAAUGUCGCUCACGAACCCGACGAAGAAAAUGUCAAAGUCGGACGAGAACCCCAAGUCCAGAAUCCUCAUCACAGACACGAAAGAAGUCAUACAGAACAAGCUCAAGUCCGCGCUCACAGACUCAGUAGAAGGCGUCUCGUACGACCCGGAGGGGAGGCCUGGUGUAUCCAACCUGAUCGAUCUGAUGUACCACAUAGACGAAAGCGUCGCCGCAUCACCAGAGGAGCUGGCGAAGGAUUUGGAGGGCCUUAGCAUGCGUGCGUUGAAGGAGAAGGUUGCCGAUGUGGUGGAUGAGGGGAUCCGCGACGUGAGGGAGAAAUAUGAAGAGGUCAUGGCGAUGCCGGGGAGCGAAUUGAGGGCGUUGGCGAAGAAGGGGGAGCAACAGGCGGGAAGCUAUGCAGGUAAAACGCUUGGCGAGGUUAAACGGGCUGUUGGGCUGAGCACGGAGCUUUGGUAAGAGCAACGCGGUUGAGAAGCCGGCGGUGCUUGUUGUAUGAUUUGUAUAUCAUGUGUAUAGAUACUUAGGCUGGAAAUGACUCUUCCGGCCUCUGAGGUGUAUAUCAGAUCAAAGCAAGAGUGUUUGUCUUGCCGCU